AUGAGAUUCACUCACUCAGCACUGCUCCUGGCUCUGUGCCAGCUUGCUUCAGCAUCGCCAUGCAAGCCCUCUUCAUCGGUCACUUCCAAUGCUCCUAUGAGUACCGACAAUGAGUCCGUAUCAUCUGCGACCGAGACAUCGACAGCGAGCUCUGUGGAAACAGGCUCAUCCACUAGCUCUGAUGACGUGACGUUGACUGCUUCUGUGACCGUAUCGACUUCCGACGUGUCAAUCUCCACGACUUUGGCGUCAACUCCAAGUGCAGAGCCUACAACUACACUUGAAGCGGCAACAGACUUGUCAACAACCGUGGAUGAGACUACGACCACUUUUGAGAGCGAGACAACCUCAGACUCUGCUACCCUGGUCUCGACUACCACCGCCGAGGCUUCAACCACCACAUCAGCAGCCCCCGAAGUCCCAUCUAACCGUGUCCUCAACCCCGGCUUCGAGGAUACUUCAGUCUACCCCUGGGAGUCCAUGUCCGGAACGCUAUCCCGAACGUCAUCCGAAGUCCACUCUGGCAGUCAAUCCGGUUUCUACAGCGGCAACACCCCCAUGAGCGCAAUACAGGGCAUAAGACAGUUCAUCGAUCCAACCUGGAUCACUCCCGACAAGAGCUACAAGUUCUCCGCCUGGGUGAAGAUUACAAAUACUGCUGGCUGUGGUUCACGCACGGUAGUUUGUGGUCAUGGCGUAGGACAAGGUACGACAGGUUUGGGUGGGACCAUCACGGAGAAUGGGGACUUUUCUUUGGCGAGUGUGACGUGUUCUUGGACGCAGGCUCAGUGGGAGGCUAGGCCGAGUGUGCAGAUCCGGAGUUAUUGUACGGGGUUUUCUUUCUUUGUGGACGAUGCGACUCUGGAGGAGGUUGAGACCCUAGGGUAA